CAAGCAGAGUAACAGACGUGUCAUGUCUGUUUACAGUCACGAGUGUCUUAAAAAAAUAAUAUGAUCUGCAAAAGAUUUUCACAAAUAAACUUUUUAUAAUCUAUUAACAAUCAGUGGCAAUAACUUCGUUUCCAUCAAUAUACAUUCAAUAAAUGUAAAUUAUUGUCUAAAAUGAAGUGUAGGCCUUAUAAAAUUUGUAUUUUGAGGUUAUGACUUGAAAUUUUAUUCGUUUGUAUGAACAAUUAGUGAUCAUUGAUUUGAAUAAUUUUCUUAAUAGGUAUGACAUUUAACAGACCAUGUACAUAAUUAUUUAGUUUUAAGUUUAAACUUUUCACUCAGUGUUCACAAUAUCCAAUGACACCUACAGACAUCAACAUUAGGUUUGAUAAUCAAAGACAAAUGCACUAUACUUAGAUAAGAGUUUUAAAAUGAUGAACAAUUUUUAUAAUCCAUUCGGCCCAAAUGCAUGCAAGCCAGUACCAAAGCCACCACCAGAAGAUCCUCUAAAACGAAAACCAGUAUUUGUACACAACGAAGAGUUAGAUAAAAUUGCUGUAUAUUUCAUAGGUAACCAACAAAGGUAUCGGGAAAAUAUCAUAAUACCAAGAGCUUUAGGUGCAGGUCACAUAAAAACUUAUGAAGAAAAAAUGAUUGAGAAAGCUAUGGAGAGUUGCGUAUUUAAAAGUAUCAUGAGUUAUGUUGUAGGAUUUGGACUUGGAGCUGCAUUGGGUCUGUUUACAUCAAGUGUAAAUCCAAAUGUUGCAGCUGUUGAAAAGCAACAAACAGCUCGUGAAAUUUUUGCUGAAAUGAAAAUGACUACUCUUAGUUAUGCCAAGAAUUUUGCUGUUAUUGGCUUUCUAUUUUCUGGUGUAGAAUGUGUCAUAGAAACAUACCGAGGUCAAACCGAUUGGAAAAACGGCACAUAUGCUGGAGGGCUUACAGGAGGUCUUAUAGGUCUCAGAGCCGGAGUAAAGGCGGGCAUUGUUGGUGCAGCCGGUUUUGCGGCGUUUUCUACAGCGAUAGACUAUUAUAUGCACAGCAGGGGAUAAGCUGCAUACGCAGCCUGAAAAAUCGACCUGUAGCUUAUACUUAUAUAUCAUUGU